CUAAUCACCCCUUUAAUGCAUUGGUCCGUUGGAGCCUUCUUUGGCACUAUAAAAAGGGGUGUUUGGGUCUGCUUUUCUCACCAAUUCACUUCACAACAUCUAUACUUUCAUUGCAUUCAAAUAUCAUCAUUUUCCAUAGCUUUCUAGAGCCAUUUGUGUGUGAAGGUUGAGUUGUUCUUGAGCGUACUUAGUUUACUCAUAAUCUACUCUAUAAGAGAGUCUCGUUCUUGAGUGUACUUGCGUUCUUAAACACGUUGAGAGAUAGUAUCUCUCUCGGUUGAUUCAAAGGAAGGUGAAACAUUGAAUGAAGAUGGAUCGAGUAGUUCCUUUCCAGUUGAUCACUUCGAUGACGAAGACGACAUGCCUGCGGAAGAGCUGCUCGACCGUUCCACGAGGAACGGUCAACCAGAGGAGACCAGUGAGGCAGGCGAGCUACAGGCGGUCGACCUGGUGGACCAUCCCUAUGUCCACGGUCGACUGUCCGAGAGGGAGAAAGACGGACCUCUGGGAGUGCAACCAACGGUCGAUGUAGUGGACCGUUCUGAUGACCACGGUCGACCGUCCGAGCGGCAGAAAGAUAUGCUCCAGAGGGAUGAUGAAACGGUCGAUCGCAAAUAGGAGAACAAUCGACCGUCUCUGAGGCAGAAAGAAGACGCUCAAGAACCCUUACAGACGGUCGACCGUCCUCUCCCCAGAAAGGACCUUGGGACGUGGUCAACGGGAAAGGCGCCCAAAUGUGAGGCUUGCGGAUUAUGUUACG